CAUAAUUAUCUGUUACAAUUAAUGGGUAAUAUGGACAAAACCUCUCUUGCUUUCGAUAUGCCAAAUAAUGUAACCAUUAAUGAUACAGAAAGUAGAACCAUUAGCAUUAGAACUUGUGGUUAUGAAAAAUCUUGGUUUACUGUUGUACUUGCAUGUAUAGCAGAUGGUAAUAAGUUAUCACCAAUGAUUAUCUUUAAAUUAAAAAAUGUUUCAAGGCUUCGAUUUCCUCCUGGUGUAAUAGUUAGAGCAAAUGAAAAGGGAUAG